UUUGACAUUUGAUGUGUGUUGAAAGAUUGAAUUGUUGAGAAAAUUGCAACAUCUAAAAAAAAUCGUGCUAUGAUAAUAGAAUAAUAAAAAAAAAUGUCGCAUCUACUUUGAUAAUCAAUUGCAUUUUUUAUAUUGACAUUUUAAUUUUUCGUUAAAUUUCUAUUUUUAACUACUAUUUGCAGUGACACGCAAAUUGCAAUCUUCCAUGCAUUGAAAUUACGUAGAAUAUUUUCUCGUCAUUGUGCCAACACGACUCGUUCAACGAACAAACAAAAAAUGGUUUUUAUUUCGUUAAAAUUUUGUGCUAUUUCAAUUUUUAUUACAAUUGCAUUUCAACCGAUUAACGGUGCAACUAAUGUAUCUACAACGAUGCAGCAGCCGGAUGAUGGAUCAAAUAUAAUAUUUAGUGAUACAGGCAUAAGCAAACUCAUGGCUAAAAGUCAAUCAACGAAACAAAUUAGCAGCAGCAGUAACAGCAGCGGGAGUGAUCGAUCAUCAGCAAAUGCAUCUGAACCUGUUAAACAUCGUGGUGUAUAUCCAACUGAUCUUGAUAAUAAUAGCAAUAGUACCAAAGCAAGUGAUAAAGUAUCAACCGAAAUGACUGCCAAUAAAAAACCGAGUCAGAUAGCGUCAAAAGUAGAACAAAAAACGAAUUCAACAGUAGAUAAAACAGAUAAGGCUACGAAUUCAACAGCAGCGACAAAACCAACUAUUACGACAUCCACAUCCACAUCCACAUCCACGUCCACUUCUACAACAACAAGAACAACGACAACGCCAAAAACAACGACAACUGCAAUCCCAAAGAAGCCAACAGUCACAUGCUCUGUUGAAGAUGAUCCCGGUGCGUUGGAGUUAGUUCUAGCCAAAAAGCCAGCACAGCCGGAAAAAGAGGGACCCAUCGCAUUGCAAUCAUCUGAAACAAUUUCGUAUCAAGAACAAAAGUCAUCGCAUAAUUUUCUAAUGUCAAUCAUUGGGAUGAUUGUGGUUGUUCCAUUUGUGGUUUUGGUGACAAAUUGUGCACUCCGACAGGUUCGUGACUUUUGGUCAAAACGACGUUAUCGACGUAUGGACUAUCUCAUUGAAGAUAUGUACAACUGAAAAAUAAAAAUUAUCAUCCUGUCCGCCAUUCAAACGAUUCGGUUUCUACGUAAAAUUGUUCAUCGAAGCUUGUGUGAUUCACGCGUUUAUGGAAUAUACCAAUCAAUGUAAAUAAAUUUAACAGUUAAGCUAGGCGAAUCAAAUGCACCAAUUUUUAACUGAAAAAAAGUGAAAUAGAUUUACAAUACAUACAAACACAUUUAACAAUGUCGAAUUUAACGCAAAAGAAAUCGUUUUUGACAGUCACUCCUGAAAUCCAUUCUAUCUGAUAAAUAAAACACAUUGAUAUUUUUGUAAUAAA